UCUAUGCGAUACCUAUGCGAUGAGUGAGAAGUCGAUGUCCAGCGGUCCAUAGGUGUUUCCUUAUGGGUCCAAGUGGUAUCUGCCACAUAGAUUUGACACUGUUUUAUAUCAGCCACGAAAUCGAUCAUCAAGGAAGAUCUCAAAGAGUAUCAAUUGGAACAUGAGUCGAGACUAAACUAUUAUUUUGUUCAAUUUAUUGUGUAUCGCUUUCUAAUCAAGCAAACAUGAGUGAAAUAUUAGUACUACUAUUUUUUUCAUCUGCCAUGCUUAUUGGAUGUUACAUGGCUGGUAUGAUACCACUUAUAGUUUCUAUGUCUGAGGAUAAAUUGCAAGUAGUCUCUGUAUUAGGAGCUGGUCUUUUAGUUGGAACAGCACUUUCAGUCAUAAUUCCAGAAGGAGUGAAUACAUUGUAUUCAUCACAAAUUAAACAAAUUGAAGCAUUGAGACACAUGCAUAAGGAAAGUGCAUCAACCCAAGAAACACUUGUAUCUCCUGCAGAUGUGCAUGGAGCUAUGGAUUUUGAAGCUCAUUCAGUAAUUGGAGUUGCAUUAGUUUUAGGAUUUAUAUUUAUGUUACUUAUUGAUCAGUUUAGCUCAUCCCAUACUAGGCAUCAAGUGUCAGAUCUAGAAUCAUCUCUGAAGCAAGAUCGGCAAAAAAUAACUGCUACAAUAGGACUAGUUGUGCAUGCAGCUGCGGAUGGCAUAGCUUUGGGAGCAGCUGUAACUACAUCACAUACAGACAUAGAAAUGAUAGUGUUUACUGCAAUUAUGUUACAUAAGGCUCCAGCUGCAUUUGGUCUGGUAACUUUCCUCAUGCAUGAAGGUCUUGAUAGAGUGAGAAUAAGAAAACAUCUACUGAUAUUUGCUCUAGCUGCUCCAGUUUUAGCUAUUGUAACUUAUUUUGGUAUAAGUCAGUCAACCAAAGAAAAAUUGUCUUCGAUGAAUGCAACUGGCAUAGCUAUGUUAUUCAGUGCAGGUACUUUUCUGUAUGUUGCUACAGUUCAUGUAUUGCCUGAAAUAGCUGUACAAUCACAUCGACAUUCUCCUAUUGGUGACAACUCUCCAGACUCUAAAGGUUUUAGGAAAGUUGAACUUUUGGCUCUUGUUGUUGGUGCUUUGCUUCCUCUUCUUUUAUCCAUUGGUCAUCACCAUUAAUGCAGACAAGAUUUCUUUUUUGUAUAUUCAAGUGAUGCAAAUCGUGUCAUGCAAUGUAUGUUGUGAAUUAUCAUACAUUUCGAAAUUUGCAUUUGUGUAAAAUAUGGAACAAAGACUAAGCAUUUAAAGGUAGACAUUUUAUUUUAUAUACGUUUUCCUUACAGUCUUUCUCAUGUUGUAAAAUUAAAUAAUGCUUGUCUACAAAUUAUAGAAACAAAAGUCUUAUUAGCAUUUGAUCUACUGAUCUUAGAUUAUAAAAAGCAAAUGCAGUUUUUCAGUUUACUUUGGUUAUUUAAGAUAAUAAUGAUUUGUUCCUGAAUGCAAAUUUUAAUAUAUUUAAUUUUUUCCAUUAUUUAUUAUCAACCUUUGCAGCUAAUGUCAUUAACACGGGUUUUUAUCUCUGGCUGUGAACAUGUACUUAAAUUUUAAUUCACUAAGUUGGAUUUAGAGCAGAGAUUCUGAAACUUCACAUCAUGAGUCAUUUUCACUUUGACAUUGAAAAUAUUCUGUGACUCCAUCUCUAUAUAAAAAUAACUCUGUAUUAUUACCUUUAGGAAAAAGAAAAAUCAAAAAAUAUUGCAAAAACUUGUGAUAAUUUUUUUUAAAUUGCCAGAAUUAUUAUUUUUAAAAUUUUUAAGGAAAUGAUUUGAAGGAGUGGUUUCUUUUCCUUUCUUUUAUCAUUAUUAUUAAUUAAUCUACCAGUGUCUAAAAUCGUAUGGAAUUGCUUAAUAUCACUGUUUUCAAGAUUUCAAAAAAUCCUGUAGACAACUUGUUUUUAAUGUGAUCCUAAUAUUUAAAAGACAUUUUUACUUGAUUCAUUCUUAUAAUUUUUUAAGCAUCUUUAUAUGUAAUUAAGACACAAAUCAGUAAGGAUAUUAAGUAGUUUCGUAGUAUGGUUCUUAGGUGAGAUAUUUAGGGAAUUUUGAUAUUGUCUUUCAGAUUAUUUUAAGAUUCAGUUCUCAGUUGCUGUGCUUGCAUAUGGUGAAAAUAGUUUUUGUUUUUUAUGUAUAUAAAUUACUUGGAAAAAAUAUUUGAAAUCCACAUAAUCAGUUACCAAUUAAAGUUUAUAGAAGUAAAUUUCUGUCUUGUAUAAUCAAACUCAAAAGUAAUUUCAAAGUGAUAACAAUAUAUAUUAUCUGCACAAUGUUAAGCAUUUUAUUUUCUAAUGUGCUGAUUCAUUUUGAAUAGAUUCUUCGUUUUCUUUUCUAUCUAAGUUAGUGUAUAGUAAAUUAAAACAACUUUUUUGUUUGUUUGUUUCUGUAUCUGUGUUAAAAUUAUUUAUAUAUUUAUGUAAUUUCCACCAUUAUGCAAAAUAAGAUAUUAAGAAAUUUUUACUCCCAUAUCAUUCUAAUUGCUCAAUUCCUUUUGAAUGAAAAAAAAUAUAUAUAUUUCAGAAAUAUCUUCAUAGUAAACAUCCAAGAAAAAGCAUUGUAAAUUUUUGUUAAAUAUUUUUGGUAAUGUAUAAAAUGAAUGAAUUCAGUAUUAUUAUUGGAGUCUUUUCUGAAAUUUUACCUUGAAAUUGUAUAUAGUAACAGAAUGGUUUACCUGUACAUAAUUCUAAUCAUUUCUUUAAUUGUACAUGUUCCCUGUAAAAAAAAAUGACCGGAACAAUUGUGUGAAUCCUGUGUAAUUUUUUGUUAAUUAUUUGUGAUUGUGCGGGAUUAAAAUUUGAAGUUACUAUUUUUAUGAAUAUAUAUUGCUACUAAGUUAUGGAAAGAACAAAAUAUGCUAAGAAACUUUUGUAUUUCUUUUCCUCUUCAGCUUUAUAUUUUUGAAAGCUUUCUGUUACAAUGUAUAUCCAAUCAAGAUUCAUUGUAAGUGACAAAUAAUAAAAAGGUUUUUAUAUAUCCUGA